CUACCUCAUUAGGGUUUACAAUUUUCGCAGAUCGCUUCAAUUUUCUCUCUCCUCCAUUUUUGUUGCAGCGCUUCCAUUAAAGGACCAAAAUGAAGGUUGUCGCUGCUUAUUUGCUUGCUUGUUUGGGUGGCAAUGCCAAUCCCUCUGCUUCCGAUUUGAAGUCCAUCUUCAACGCAGUUGGUAUUGAAGCUGACGACAAGAGAAUCGAGCUAUUCAUGUCCCAAGUGAAGGGAAAGGAUAUUACAGAGCUUAUUGCUGCUGGACGGGAAAAGUUGGCCUCUGUACCUUCUGGUGGUGCUUGUGUUGCCGCUGCUCCUGGUGCCGCUGCUGGUGGAGCUGCUCCAGCUGCCGAGGCUCAGAAAGAGGAGAAAGUUGAGGAGAAAGAAGAAUCAGAUGAUGACAUGGGUUUCAGUCUCUUUGACUGAAGGCUUUCGAAGCUUGCCUCUUUUGUGGAGCUCAACUUAUUUUUGGGUUUAGAGUUUUGCUUUCAAUUUUAUCGGUUUACCCAGAUUGUAGUUAGUUUUGUUAGUGCAAACAGUGAGAGAUUUUGUUAAAACACAUUGAAUUAAAGAAUGUUGGAUUUCUCUAAUUUUUCGGAUCCUUUAAUUUGAGUUAAUUUUUUGUUGUCAA